AUGGACGCCGCCACGAUCGAAGAAACCAACCGCAUCAGGGUGUCAUUGGGCAUGAAGCCUUUGCCUGUCCCAGGUGCUGCCAUACAAUCCGACCCAUCUUCCAGAUCCAGGGACGAGGAGGCAGCAAGCACGCUCGAAAGUCGACAAGCUGAGUCGUAUGAAAACUAUAAGAAGCACCAAGAGGCGGCGGCUGCAAAAAAGAAGCGUGAAGACAGAGCAGCCGCCAUUCGAAAGGCUCGCGAUGAAGCUCAGCGCCUCGCAGUCAUGGAAGGCAAGGGCCUCGGCGAGGAGGACGCCAAGAAGGGCGAUGUCGACGCCAAGGCAUGGCUGAUGGGUCAGAAGAAGAGACAAAAGAAGAUUGACAAGGCGAGAAAACUAGAGGCAGAGCUUGCUGCAGCCGAAGCCGAAGCAGCUGCCGCUGUUCAGUACACUUCCAAGGAUCUUGCUGGUAUCAAAGUCGCACACGAUACAUCCGAUUUCCUCGGUGGGGAAGAUCAGGUUCUCACGCUAAAAGAUACCACGAUUGAAGAGAAUGAGGAAGAAGGCGACGAGCUCGAGAAUCUGGGGGUGCGUGAGCAGGAAAAGCUAGGCGAGAGGCUCGAUCUCAAGAAGAGGAGACCGGGAUACGACCCUAAUGACGACGAGGAAGGCCAGGGUGGAAUCCUGGCUCAGUACGACGACGAGAUUUACGGAAAGAAGGGCAAGAAAUUCACGCUCGACGGAAGUGGGACAAUUGCAGAGCUCGCUGAUAUCCUUGGCCAGCCAGCCCCGAAGGCAGGUAAAGCCACCAUCAGCCUUGACGACAUUAUUGGCGAUGCGCCCAUGUCUUCCGACUACCUCGCCCCUUCAGAAAUCAAAGUAAAGAAGCCCAAGAAGAAGAAAUCCAAGGGCACGAGACAAAAGCAAUACGACGAUGACGAUAUUUUCCCUCUUGAAACCCAACAAGACAGCAAUGCCAUGGAUGUGGACACCAAAGAGAGCAACAGCAAGAAGCGAAAAGCUGAAUCGGAUACAUUUGUAGACGAUGACGACCUUCAGGCCUCAUUAGCACUGCAAAGAAAGAGCGCUCUGAAAAAGAGAAAGAAGGCUAGACCGGAGGACAUUGCAAAGCAGCUCAAAGAGGAAGAUGACGAGGCAGAGCAGCAGACAAACGGCACCGGCGAAAGCACGGGCCUAGUCAUUGGAGAGAUUUCAGAAUUCGUGUCUGGCUUGAGCAAACGAGACGACGAGGAAGAGAAGAAGCCAAGACGGCACAAAACUCAAACCCAAAGUCCAGGUCUGCCAGAGGACCACCCUAUGGAGAAUGGCGAGCACGAAGAGCAACCUGCAAUCAAGGAGGAAUCCGCACCGCCCCAAGCACCAGAAGAAGAAACGGGCGUCGAGGAAGAAAAGGCCAUUGGCGCCGGCAUGGGCGUGGCCCUUUCCCUCCUCCGCGAGCGCGGGCUCAUCGAGGAAUCCCGCGACUCCGACUACGAGGCCUUACGCGCUCGAGAGGAGUUCCUCGCCCGCAAACGCAUCCUCGAGGAAGAGCUCGACGAGCAGACGCGGCAGCAGCGCGAGCGUGACCGGGCCUCGGGACGCCUAGACCGCAUGACGGUCCGCGAGCGCGAAGACUGGGCCCGCCAGCAAAACAUGUGGCGAGACCAACAGCAGUCCCGGCGCAUGGCGGAGCUGUUUUCCGAUACCUACAAGCCCAACGUCGAGCUCAAGUACACGGACGAGCACGGCCGCUCGCUCGACCAAAAGGAGGCCUUCAAGCACCUGAGUCACCAGUUCCACGGAAAGGGCAGCGGAAAGGGCAAGACGGAGAAGCGCCUCAAAAAGAUUGAGGAUGAGAAGAGACGAGAGGCUCAGAGUCUGUUCGACGCCGGCAGGGACGGCGGCAUGAGCGCCGCCACGGCGCAGCAGCUGAAGAAGAGACGGGAGGCAGGCGUACGACUUGGCUGA